AUGUCCAGCUACGUGAACGACCUGUGGCCGAGUUCGCCGCCCAAGGCUUCGCCCUCGUCCUUGAGGUCGGGCCCGUGCAGCCGACCAUCGUCGGCCUCCGGGAGCCGCUCUCCGUCCCGUUCCAGCGUCUCGAGCCGGUCGUGGUCCCGGAGCCGCAGCCCGCCCGGGCGGAGGAGCCGCUCCAGGUCUCGCUCCCGAAGGCGCCAUCAGAGGAGGUACCGGCGCUACUCGCGCUCAUACUCGCGGAGCCACUCGCGUUCCCGCAGCCGCCGGUACCGGGAGAGGCACUCAGGCUCCACCCGGAGGUCCUACCGGUCUCGCAGCCGCUCCCGCGGUCGCUUGUAUUACCGGAGGGCCUACGCCAUCGCGCGAGGCCGCCGCUACUUCGGCUUCGGCCGCACCGUCUACCCCGAGGAGCGCAGAAGCUGGAGGGGGCGAUCCCGGAGCAGGUCGCGGAGCCCAACGCCCUUUCGUUUGAGCGAGAAAGAUCGAAUGGAGUUGUUAGAAAUAGCCAAAGCCAAUGCAGCAAAAGCAUUAGGAACAGCCAACUUUGAUUUGCCAGCUAGUCUCAGAAGUGUUCCUGUAUCUAAAGAAAGAAACCAGGAAACAGCUGUACUGAAUAAUGGUGCAAAGUCUGAGCUAUCGGACAAGUUAACAGAAGAUGGAACAAAAAAUGCGAGUGAAAAGUCUUAUCAGCAAAAAAGCAUCGCUUUUAGCUCUAACAAUUCUGUAGCAAAGCCUAUGCUUCAGAAAUCAGUUAAAGCUACUGCUGAAGAGAAUUCUUCAGGAUCCCCAAAAAUAGAUAAGAAGAAAAGUCCAUAUGGACUGUGGAUACCUGUCUAA